UCACAGUAAUCCCUAGGUUACAAAUCUCUUAAGGAUGGGAUCCACUAUGCAAGAGGUUUCCAAAAUCUUCUUUGUUGCUUUUUGGGUCUUUUCAUUUACCCUUGUCAAAAGUCAAGAAUGCAGUACAGGAACGAUUCAAUAUGAGAAUGUGCAGAAAAGCGAUCUUCUUAAAACUUAUCAGAAUGGAGCGACAGUGAAAGUUAACUGUGCUACUGGAUACAUUGGAUCUUAUAAGCUGCAGUGUGAAAAUGGCAAUUGGGAAACAAUUAGUGCGAGAGAAUGUAAAAAAAAACCUUGUGGUCACCCAGGAGACACACCAAAUGGAGACUUUAAACUAACAGUAGGUUCAGAGUUUGUAUUUGGAGCGAGAGUGAAAUACACAUGCAGACCAGGGUAUAAUAUGGCCAGCAGAAUAGAUUAUCGUGACUGUCGUAUACAAGGGUGGGAUAAUGCUGUACCUGUUUGUGAAGUGGUGAAAUGCAGUCCAAUUACCAAUUCAGAUGAUGUGAUCGCAUCAGGCAACAUUGAAGAACCCAGCUUUGGAGAUGUCAUCCACUUUGAGUGUGCAUCUUUUAACAAGAUGUUGGAUGCACCAGAAGACAUACACUGCUUGGAGAAUGGACAAUGGAGUGGCAAAGUACCGAAGUGUAAAGAUAUAGAAUGUGUGGCCCCUGAAAUACCACAUGGAAUUACAAAUCCUGCUAUAAAGUACAGAGAAAAUGAUAUAAUACAAUAUAAAUGUGAAGAAAAGUAUCAACCCAGACCUGGAAAACCUAAAUGCACAAAAUACGGCUGGAGUAUAAAACCCGAAUGUGAAGAAAUUGUAUGUAUGCUUGGUUCACCCACGGUUGGUGUUUAUAGUACAGAACCUAAAGGGGUAUCUGUAUUUCAUGUUGGUGAACAUGUGCAGAUUACAUGCUUAAAAACACACUGGUUUUAUGGAACAAAGCAACAGUCAAGAAGUGUUAAAUGCCAAAAUGAUGGAACAUGGUCAUCCAGACCAGUGUGUGAGGAAAUGACAUGUGAAAAACCAGAAGAGGAACAUCUAGUUCUUUCGUACUACUAUAGAUACAAGCAAACUUAUCAAUUAAAUGCGGAUAUACAAUAUACCUGUGAAGCUGGUUAUAAAGGUGGUCCAAGUUCUAGAUGUACAGAGAAUGGCUGGGAUCCAAAACCAGGGUGUAUUAAGAUUACUUGUUCAAAACCACAUAUUGAUUAUGGAACAGUGAAGAACCCACAGAAUAUUUACAGGGCAGAUACACAUGUAGUAAUCCAGUGUGAUGAUGGAUAUGAAUUUUAUGCCACCUGUACAAGAAAUGGAGUAUGGCAGAGUACGGGAAAGUGCAAAGCAAAACCAUCAGUUUGUGCACCGUUCUCCUUGACACAUGGGUUCACACGUAAAUCAGACAGAGGAUAUUUGUACACAUGUGACUCAGACUAUAAAACAUUUGAUGGGAAAUGGUGGGGAGAGGUAACCUGCCAGGGUGGUCAAUGGAGUGAUACACCACAGUGUAUACCUGACAAGAAAUGUGGUAAAAUACCCACUGUUUAUAAAGUAAUAAAUCAAGGAAAUCGAGCAUUUGAGGACAGGGAACGACAUGAAUUUGAAUGUGAAGUAGGACCAUGUUGUUUUCAUUGUGCCAAUGGGAAAUGGCAGAACCAGGAUUGUGCAUAUCAGAAAUGUCCUACUCCUCCCUAUGUUGAAAACGCCGUUAUUACUUCUCAUGAAGCGAGAACUUCUCAGCAAUCAGUGACAUAUGAGUGCCGUGAAAAUUACAGCAUAACCGGGCAACAGAAAAUCAACUGCAUCGACUCAAAGUGGGGAAAUGCACCAACAUGUACAUUGAAUGGACCCAAAGAAUGCCUGAACCCUGACCAAGAAAUAAAUAAUGCACAUCUGGAUGAAGCAAUAUCGAAGGCACAAUAUCUAGACAGCCGCCAAGCAAAAUACAAGUGUAAAGAUGGCUUUCAGUUUAAAGAUCGGUCCUAUGCCACAUGUUCUGCAGGACAAUGGAAUUACCCACAAUGUAUUCCAGUGACUAACUUCCAAGGAUGCCCUCGGCCUGAAAAUAAUAUUAAUAAUGCAACUUGGAGCAGAGCAAAUCGGAAGGCAUACUAUAAGGAAGGUGACACAACAGAAUAUAGGUGUAAUGAAGGCUUUCACUUUGAAGCGCAAUCCUUUGCCAAAUGUUCUGCAGGAAAAUGGACUUACCCACAAUGCAUAGAAGUGGAUGAAACCAAAAAAUGCCUGAACCCUGACCAAGAAAUAAAUAAUGCACAUCUGGAUGAAGCAAUAUCGAAGGCACAAUAUCUGGACGGCAGCCAAGCAAAAUACAAGUGUAAAGAUGGCUUUCAGUUUAAAAAUCAGUCCUAUGCUACAUGUUCUGCAGGACAUUGGAAUUACCCACAAUGUAUUCCAGUGACUAACUUCCAAGGAUGCCCUCUGCCUGAAAAUAAUAUUAAUAAUGCAACUUGGAGCAGAGCAAAUCGGAAGGCAUACUAUACGGAAGGUGACACAACAGAAUAUAGGUGUAAUGAAGGCUUUCGCUUUGAAGCGCAAUCCUUUGCCAAAUGUUCUGCAGGAAAAUGGACUUACCCACAAUGCAUAGAAGAUUCCUGAGGAUGAGACAGCUCUCAGUCAACAACUAUUCCCUGGAGACAAAUAAAUCUAUUAUAAACACAGUUAAUACAUAAAAUACAGGCAUCAUAUAUAGAACAUAGAGCUAUAACUUUUUUCACAUCAUAAUUGCCUUGUUUGUAUAUUACACCUGGUUUGGGGAAUUAAAAUUCAAUUGACAAAAUAA